AUGGCUACCGUGGCUGUUGCUGUCCACCCGCUCGCCAUCCAGGACCGUACAAACGAGUUCCGUUCAUGUAUCGCCUCUCUCUCAAAAUUAAACAAUGCAACUACUGCUUCCUCUCGUCAAGGCCUUCUCAAUGAUUCCUCUUCUCGUUAUGCUCCUACCUCUUUAGAUUCUGAUUCUUCCCAUACCUCUUCCUCCUCUUCUAGCCCCAAGAGCCAAUUUGCAAUCCGUGCUGCAUCUAUUGCUCGUGAAAUUGAAGACACUACUGCAAUGUUACAACGACUUGCUUUGUUGGCUAGACGUAAAACUCUCUUUGAUGAUAAACCAGUCGAGAUUUCUGAACUCACUUUUGUCAUUAAACAAAAAGUGUCCAAAAUUAAUAAAAGUAUUGCUGACUUACAAGCUUACGUCAAAUCAGGACUUACAGGAUCUGACUCAGGAUCUUCUGCAGCUGCUUGGGGUGGAGGUAGCAGCAGUGGAAGCAAUUCAAAACAAGGUAAAAAACAACUUUCAGAACAUGCAAAUAAUGUUGUUGUAUCUUUACAAGGUAAAUUGACCGAUGUCACUACAGGAUUUGAAGAGGUUUUGGAAGUCCGCAUUAAAAAUAUCCAAGCGUCGAAAAAUAGGAAAGACCAGUUUAUAUCAGCUGUUGCUCCAAAUGGAUCGUCAUCAAUUGCAACAGGAUCUUCAGGUUCAGGUUCAGGUUCUGCUGCUUCUUCAAAUGUUUCAGGAACUACAACAGGACCCAACAAUUCAGAUCUUAAAUCUCAAGACCAACAAAAUUUUAGCAACCAUGAUUCACCAUUAUAUUCAGUAUCAAGAGCACGCACACCACAACAGCCAGUAACAUCUGCAGCCGCAGCAGCAGCAGUUUCAGUUCAUGGCUCGAAAUCAGCAACACCAGUCCCUGGAGGGCCUUCACUUUCUGAAAACCCAUAUGCAUCCAACUCUGCAGCCUUACAACAAGACGGCAGCAUAUCCGGAGGUGCAGGAGCUCAUACAGACUACCUUGCACUACCGGAACAGCAACAAACCUUGGCACUUCUGGAAGAACAGCACGCACAACAGGAGUUCCAGUACAUGGCGCAGCGGUCGAAUGCAGUUGAGGCUAUCGAAUCAACGAUUCAAGAACUUGGAGGUAUCUUUCAGCAACUUGCUACCAUGGUAUCUGAGCAACGUGAAACUAUCCAACGAAUUGAUGCUGAUACAGAGGAUAUUUCACUCAAUGUUUCUGGGGCUCAACGUGAGCUGCUCAAGUAUUACGCUCGCAUUUCGUCUAACCGUUGGCUCAUAAUCAAGUCGUUUGGAAUCAUUUUAUUGUUUUUCUUUCUCUGGGUUAUUGUCAGUUAA